AUGCCCACUACUGGUAAGAGUGUUCCAAAAGGCCUUGUGUCGAAAGCCUCUGGUUCUCAAGUGUCCCAUUCUCCUGUUCGUCGUCCUCAACGCGUGCCUAAGGCAUGCGAACAGACAAAGACCGAAGCUGAUCCAUUUCUACGUCCUCUCGGUCGCUCUGCUCCCCGAGCUAAACCCCUCUACAAAUCAUCCAGCUGCCAUGAUAUCAAGUCUUCUCGUUCCAAUUCGAAUUCUUCAGUGGGUUCUCGUGAUUCAAGUAAGGAAUCUCGGCCGAAAAGGGCAAAUGCAGUUCGAAAGCCAUCUUCCACUGUUGCUCUCCCAGCUGCUGUUCUUCGAGAAUCAAAUAACUCUUCUCUUUACAUGACCACGUCAAGCUCUGUUAGCGGUGACCGCAUCUACAUCAACUCAGAUCUCCUUUCGCGUGUUGAGAAAGAGAAGAAACAAUAUGAAUCUCGUAUCUCUGAGCUCACUCAACUUACAGAGUCUCGCAAGACUGAGAUUGAGAGACUUAACGUUGAAGUAAAAAAUCUCAAGGAAGCUAAAGAACGAGCAGAGUUUCUUAUCCAACGACAUAGUUUAAAGCGCAAGGCUGGUGAUGAUAUCACUACAAAUGUGGAUUCUUUUUGUUCUUCCUGUCAACGUCCACUUUUUGAAGAGAGUUCGCUAUCUACUACUGUCGUCCCAGCCACAAGUACUACCCCUGACCAGCAAAGCGUUGCUUCCGGUGUCUCUGGUACACCCGCUACAACAGUCGUCGAACAGUCAACUUUCAAAAAGCCCACUGUGACUAGUCUGGAAGAUAUUAUCCACGAAAUGGAAGAGGUAAACUACUCCACCACUGAGGAGCUAGAAGCGACUAUGAAUGAGUUGCGUGAGAUGCAGCGUACCCUUGAUGGUACUCAAGUGGAAAAUCGCACUCUGGCUUCCGACCGUGCAAUCUUACUGGAGUCACUUUGCACUCAGACUGCCAAAUUGGAACAUAGUCGUCUGCAGAUUGAUCAAUUGAAACACCUCCUUAUCACCAACCCGUCUGCUGAUUCGAGAGAAGCGCAUUACUUGGAACUUUUUAAUUCAAUAGAAUCUGAGAAGCAAAUCCUCUUAACCCAAAACAAUGAUCUCGCGCAGAGAUGCGAGUCUCUUGAUGUGGAGUGCAGACAACUCACUGAGAAGAUGGAGACAAUGAGUGCUGAGAUGGAGCAACUUAAAGCUGAUGUUACUGCUGUUCUCUACCCGAGUGUUAUGUAUUUGAAGGGAGAACUCUCUGUUGAAGACCUCAACUCCAAGAUCGAAUGUCUAACCCGUCAUGUAGCACUUUGGCAGGAGAGAUACGAGACAGAACUGGCGGAACAUGAACGUGAAGUCACUGAAUUCAAGCUCUACGAGAGAGACCUACUCAAGGCGGUUCAAGUUUCAGAUAGCAUCAGGCAUGAAUCAGAAGGUCAGGUCGCUCAGUACAAGAUGAAACUGCAUGAAUUGAAGAACCAGGUGGAAAGAAUCUCAGCUGAACUAGAUACUGCUAUUCGUGAGAAAUCUCUUCUUCAAGAUCAGCUCUCCAAGGUGAUGGAUACUUCUACUAAAUCCACUCAAUCAAUUCCCUCUACCCAAGUUAUUCUUCCAUGCAGUUCUUCGGUUGAGAAACGUUCUGUCGGUGUCAUGACUAUACCAAUGGAGACAAGUUCAACAGAGACUGCUUACAUCCCUCCCCAAACUUCCAAUGCUCAACCUGUCAUUACAACCACCCAGAUUCCUCAAGUAGUUUCCACUCCUCCCACACCGGCUGCUACUACUUUUCAUCUUCCACGAACCUACAUACAGAAACUUGGUCUUAGCACUUCCAUAUCGCCUGGCGGUCCCGUCAGCACGAGCUCUUCAACUGGCAUCAGACGAGCUGGUCCAACUGUACAAAGCCUUAUUCAGUCGAUUGAGAAUCAGGUUAAGGCCGUACAACAUCAACAAAAGGCCAAAACCUCUUCUCCUUCUUCCGCAAAAUCUGCCAAGAUGGCAGAUGCCGAUGCCACUUCCCCACUGCUUCCACAACGUCGUUUGCAUUCAGCUGGAAGUAGUCCAAUCACCACCCCAGUUCGAAAUAUCUCCAAGUCUGUACGACAUUCACUCAUAGAUGAACCUAUUGUUGGCCAGUCAGCUCCUGGUGGACCCCCACAUAAUCCUACGUCACCUCCUUCCGGUGUUGCUGUUCCUAACAACCAGUCGACGAAUUCUCCUACUCCUUUAACGAGAUCAACGCCAAGCUUCGGAGUUACUCGUGAUGACACAUCUUCCCCUUCAAAAGAGUUGACGGUUCCUCAUGUUGCCUCUUCCACAACACCUCGUCUUAAGCGCAAUCUCACCAUCCCCACAAACUCUGUCAUUAACAAACCAACGGAUAGCAAUGUUGUCACUGCAAACGCAACCAUUGCCGAAGCUGUUACCACGGUAAUCUCAGCUGCAGCUGUUGAUCCGAGCGUUGUCCCACCCCAAUCUCCUUCUGGAGACUCAAAUUCCCCCACGGAAUCUAUUCCUGCUGCUUGCCCUCCUCCCGUUGAUCCUCUUGACCCCCUUCAAGAAUUAGCCAAGCGUACCGGUGCUGCGUCCAAACGCAAUGCUCUCCUCAAGUGGUGUCAACUUCGACUUGUGCGUUAUCGGGCUGUGGAUGUAACCAAUUUUUCGUCUUCCUGGAAUGAUGGACUGGCAUUGUGUGCUCUCCUUCACACCUAUGUGCCUCAACUGGUUGCGGUGAAUUGGGAGAAGGUUGCUAAUGGAAUGGAUAAGAAGAAGAGGUUCGAAGUUGCUUUUAAAGUCGCUGAAAGCCAGGGUAUCCCAACUACUCUUGAUUUGAAUGAAAUGCUCACAAACGACCGUCCCGACUGGGCUAGUGUUAUGGCUUACAUCGCCUCGAUCUACAAACACUUCGAAGUCUCAAACCCCUCAUCUUAA